UACAAAUCCUGUCAUAUAUGGUGGUGAUCAACAGGUUGGGUUACGAUAAACGGUGCAGAUUCAGCUGUGAUAAAGGCAAGAGUGACAACAGAUAACAAUACGUUUAACUGUAUGGGAACUGUUAAUGCCAAGCUAGGCUGCUGGUCAUUUCUGAAAGGUGGAUUUGUCUUGGAUUCCCCAGCGAGUCAUGCUCUCAUAUAUUUUCAGAAUGUAGAUGGGGGACAGAUUAGUAUAACUAUAUCCAGUGCUUCUCUGCAGCCAUUCACUGAUCAACAAUGGAGAAUAAACCAAGAACAAAUCAUAAACACUGAAAGAAAACGAAUGGCCAUAUUACACGUAGCAGAUGUUGAUGGAAACAGGCUGCAAGGAGCUACAAUUGUUGUAGAGCAAAUUUCCAGAGAUUUUCCAUUUGGAUCUGCCAUAGCACAAACAAUUUUAGGAAAUUUGCCAUAUCAGAAAUGGUUCAUUGAGAGGUUCAAUGCUGCGGUGUUUGAAGAUGAACUGAAAUGGUACUCCACUGAACCUAAACCCGGAGUGGUCAACUAUACAAUACCAGAUCAAAUGCUAGAAUUCGUUAGAAGGAACCAGAUCAUAGCCAGGGGGCAUAACAUUUUCUGGGAGAAUCCAAACUUCACUCCAUCAUGGGUUCGUAAUCUCACAGGUCCUGAACUUCAGACUGCUGUUAAAUUUAGAAUACAAAGCUUAAUGAACCACUACAAGAAUGAGUUCAUACACUGGGAUGUCGACAAUGAAAUGCUUCACUACAAUUUCUAUGAGCAAAGACUCGGCCCCAAUGCUAGUCUGCAAUUUUUCGAAACAGCCCAGAAAUCAGACCCACUUGCAAGGUUGUUUAUGAAUGAAUUCAAUGUGUUAGAGACUUGCGAUGAUCAGAAUGCUACAGUUGAUGCUUACAUUUCAAGGUUAGGAGAACUUGGGAAAGGUGGAGUGUCAAUGGAUGGAAUUGGCCUCGAGGGCCACUUUAAUGUACCAAACCCUCCUCUAAUCAGAGCAGUGCUAGACAAAUUGGCUAUCCUAGAACUUCCCAUCUGGCUCACAGAGAUCGAUAUCAGCAAAACAUUAGAUCACGAAACACAGGCCAGAUAUCUAGAAGCAGUGUUGAGAGAAGGUUUUUCACACCCUUCAAUCAAAGGAAUUAUGCUUUGGACAGCAUUACAUCCUUACGGGUGUUACCAGAUGUGCCUAACAGACAACAGUUUUCAAAACCUUCCAGCUGGUAACAUUGUUGACUCCCUCUUGAAGGAGUGGCAAACUGGAGUUUUGGAAGGACAGACAGAUGAUCACGGUUCAUUUAGCUUCGGAGGAUUUUUAGGCGAAUAUAAGGUGAUUGUCAAAUAUGGAAACAGAACGGCAAAUUCAUCGUUCUCGCUUUGUCAAGAUGAUGAGACCAAACAUUGGAAUAUUCAGUUGUAGUUAUAGCAACAACUUAGAGCAUCUACAAGAGACUUUUUACUUUUAAAUAGCAUAUUCUACAAUUUAAAGAGCAUC